AUGAUUUUGGAUAACCUUCCAGUUGCUGUUCUUAGACAAAGGAGGGAUGGAAGUCAAUCAACAACAUAUGAACAUGGUUUUCGUGUUGGAUUCAAAGGAAAAUAUCAAGGGUUGGCAGAUGGGGUCACGGAUCUGUCCACUGUGGAUUGGGCUGUAUUCAAGCAUACACACACAUCUAAAGAUGAUCGUGACAGGUGGUGCAAUGACAAGGCAAAGGCAAAAGCUGAUGACUUUACGAGACUUAGGGAAGAGAGAGACAGUCAAGUCACUCCAGGAGUGGAUGCUAGCAGUGUUGCCUCAGAUAAUGAUUUAAUCUUACAGGCAGCUGGUGGGGUUAACAGUAAAGGACGGGUAUACGGUUUAAGUACACGGGGAGGAGUAUAUAAGCAAUCUCGACUCUCCAAUAGGCUACCAUUUGGAGUGUCGCAGCAGGAGAAUGACAGGAUGCGCACAUUGAUUCUACAAUUGCAGGGUACAGUUGCACAGCAAGAGGAGAAGGCUACACAACAACAGAAAAAGGUUGACAAACAGGAUAGUGUAAUGCUUAUGAUGCAUAGGCGAAUGGACACCAUGGAGAAGCUUUUGCGAAGGGUUCCUGUGGAGUUAUUAGAUAUUGAGGAUGACGAUGAGACUCAGCCCCCGUCUCAGGACCUAGGUGAUGACCACGAUCAUGCAGGUCAUCCACCAGCAUGACUUUUGUAUCUUUGUUGGAUGUAUAUGACCGGGACUAUUGUCCAUAGACUAUUUUGAUUAGUAUAUGACAGAGACUUUUGUAUAUGUAUGUCCCUGUUUGAUUAGUAUAUGUCUUGGACAUUUAUACAUAUAGGACUCUUUUGAUUUGUAUAUGACAGGGGACUUUUGUAUAUGUAUGUCCCUUUUGAUUAGCAUAUGUCUUGGACAUCUUUAGAUAUAGUACUCUUUUGAUUAGUAUAUGAUAGAAACUUUUGUAUAUUUAUG